AUGGGCAACGAGGCCAGCCUGGAGGGCGGCGAGGGCUGGGCCGGGCUGCCCGAAGGCGUGGCCGGCGCGGCGGCAGCGGACGGCGGCUCUCCGCGGCAGCAGCAGCAGCAGCAGGGCCCCCCUUCCGGGGCCGCGGGGCCGGGCGGCGUGGCGGCGGAGCUGAGCCGGCUGAGCGACGACGAGAGGAGGCAGAUCGCCGCCGUCGUGUCAAGGGCGCAGCAGGGGAUGCCCGAGGGCGACGCGGCCGCCGAGAGGCUUCCUCAGCAAAGGCACGCCGAGGCCGGGGUGGGGUGGGGUGGGGGGGCGGCCGGGGCGAGGCGAGGCGUGUCGGGGUGGGGGGCGCUUGCCCUGCCGGGGCCGCCAUAG